UCGACGAAAUUUUCUUUUCUCCUCGUUUUUCCAUUAAAAAUUUAUGCAAUCGUUAGCGAUAGAAUUGUGAAAUUCGAGUAGCGAGUGUGUAUGAGUGUCAUAUGUCAAACUUGUCAACAAUACGUCAUAUGUCAUACUUGUCAACAGUCCCAUACGGUCGUAAACAUUAAGGCUAAGUGAGGCUUAAUUAAUAUCGUUAACAAUAGCUACACAAACGGCUAAUUUGAUAUAGUAUAAAUCAUAAUUGAUUUAACAAAAAUUUGUUCAAGGAGAACUUAUUAGAUCCUAUAUUAAGAAUGCGAAGAGAGUGGCUGUCAGUGAUGAAGUAAUUAUGGACAUCAACAAUAAUAAACGUCACGCGCCAAUUAUUUUAAUACGUUAAUGAAACGUUCACCCUCGAGUUUAUGAAUGAACUGAAAUCAUACAUACGUAUACUUGGCACGUAUCUCGCGUGUUAUCUGACGAGCUCGUAGAUAAGUGAUGAUUACUCAUCACAGUUAUAGUCGGCUUAGUCAUUGGCCGAAGGUUCGCGUUUCGCCUCGUGUUCUUUAUUUAUCUAUAUUCGGUCGUCUGUUGUGAUUCGUAUAACAAUAUCAAAAUGGUGAGAUUGCGUGAAUUACAUCAGGCCAGAGAGAGUAUACCAUUGCAUGGUCAGUUUGCGAGUAAUACGAGUAUAGAUAGAUUUUCUGAACGUGAUCUCCACGGUAUUAACUCGAACGAACGAACAUGUAGGAACAUGUGCAACGAUUGUAUGGCUAGAGUGCCAUACGCAACUCUCAUAGCAACUAUAAUGUGUUGCCUAGGAGUUGGAAUCUUCUGUGGUACCAUGUAUAGGGGUGCGACAUUGUGUGCUCUUAUGAUGGAUCAGGUGUUUCACCUGCAUCUCGGAUGGUUGGAAGUGGUGCAAUUGGUCUUUGCGUCGAUUGGAGCUUGCAUGGCAGCUUUAGGGUUUAUGAUUUUGUGCGUCGGUUGUCUAGCAACUGGUGCUACAAGGCACAAAGUCUACCGAGCCUGGAGAUCCAGAGUGGGUGGACGUAUCUCCUGUGCUGUUUUUAUGACUAUCAUUUAUAUCUUGCAAAUAGCUUGGCUUCUGAUAUUUGCAUUCCUUAUUAUCAUCACGUUGAUAUUCACUAUAUUCUGGGGCCUGUGUAGCAAUCCACGUGUUCAAUCUCUCGAUGAGUGCAUUAAUUUUGCUCAAUUCAGCUUUCUAUUUCCAAACAACACACGAGUACAGGAUAUGCAAAUUUGCGGACCUCAGGAGGUCAAAUUAUUUUGCAAGGACUUUGUGGAAAAGGCUGAGGUGAUGUUCAUCCUGGCGACUGCAGCAUCCAUGCUCGUUAUCCUAAGCCUAGUACACUAUUUGAUGUGCUUAUCCGCGAAUUAUGCGCACAUUCGAGAUCACGAGAAGUUCCAGGAGCUGCAGGAACUGCAAUAUCUGCAGGACGCGAUCGAUCCGGAUUCUCCUCAACCGGGAAUGGGUACCCUGGGUUCUCAUCGUGGCAAAGACAGGUUCUAGGACACGGCCCGCGAGAUCUUCGUCAUGAAUCCUUUGUAAGAGGUUUAUUGUUCACUGGGACACAUAGGAAACCCUUACGCCCGAUUGGAAAUCUCUUCCAGGUAUCACUUCCUCUUCUCUAUGUACCUAAAUUCGGUAUACUGCUCAUUGCGGUGUGUCUAUCGCCGUUACGGUAGUUUACUGAUCCGAGGAUCUUGCGGGAAUCAACUCUAUGCCGUCCAUUUUAUCUGCGACUCGUAUAUAAACAUUUACUUCGUUUUAUAUAAAAAAAGAUGUUUAUUAAAAUACGUACCGAUUUGUAGUACGUAAUAUUUUCAUCUUUAGCAUGGAUUGCUCGAUUUAAAUCGAGAUCAUUCGCCGAGUUUCGAUCUAGGAUGUAAAUUAUACGUUUACGACGAUAUCAAUUCGUAAACUCAUAUUCAUAAGAAAAAGUAUUUCUGGCCUGUGCGUGCUUGAAAUGCAGGUGAUUACAGCGCACAGAGAUUGUUUUUUUUCUUCGAUUAUAUUAUAUUUCGUUUCGAUGUAUGCACAAAUGCGCUGCAUGUGUAAUUUGCCUAAUAGUAUCAUAAAGUAGGCUGAUAUUACAUUCAUAUCACAAAAUAUAUGUUGAACAUAUCGAUUGGAUAUCAGAUACAGAAUUCUUAAAAUCUUGCUAGAAACUUUAAAAAUUCUUUAUUUGAUAACCAAUCGCUAUGUCCGAUAAACUUGUCAUACGAUAAAUAUAAUAUCACCCUUACAGAAAUAUAUUCAUGAGUUCAAAUCCUUGCAGUCUAAUCUUUUGGUGUUAGGAUUAAUCAUUCUCGGACUGUGUAUACCAUGCAUAUUGUCUUCAUUACUGAGAUUUUUUUACGAAAGAGAUAUCUUUUUUUUAUAUACAUAUACAUUUAUACAGUGAACAACUAAACAUAUGUUUUCGUUACAUUCCAAAUAUUUAAAGCAUACUGGAAAAAUUCAAACUAACAGAAUAAUAAUAAGACUUUUUCAAGUUAUAAAAUAACAAUGACUGCAUAUAUUGCUUUGAAUAUGAUUGGUGAUUAAAUUUUCAUUGAAUAUUUUUCCAACAUGCUUGUGUUUUGAAGUAUAUUUACAUUAUGGAAUCAAAAAGAGAGUUUUGUUUCUCAUAUUAAGUAGCUUUUUACGAAAAUUAAAUGUUACAAGAAUAUUGCAUAUGAAAGAAUAUCUAUAUUCAUAUAGAAUAUGUCUAUUUCUUGCAUACAACUAUAAUAUUAAAUUGUUGUGCAAAGAGUAAUAUAUUUUUUCCAAAUUUUGAAAAAAUAUCCACUGCCGAAUAUUAUAACAAGAAAAGAAAGUUGAAUUAUCCUAUAUAUAUUAUUUGUGCCAAAAAGGAAAAGAAUUUUGGCUAAAAAAUCUAUGACUUAUAACUAUUGUUGAAACAACUAAACAGAUGUACAAUCACGAGUUUAACUCGUUACAUAUUACUUGCUCAAAUUUUUUAUUCAAUUCAAAUAACAUUGAUUUUCACAAAAUUUAUGGAAUUAUUCGAUAGGAGAAACCUUGUGUUCUGCAUGCCUUGAAUUAAAGCUGCGAUUUUUUUAUCUAUGAUAAGAUUACUUUAUUAUACACUAUUGAUGAAUAAAAAUGUACAUAUCAAAUGACAAUUUUGCAUAUGGAACUAUGAAGAGUUAUGUACAAAAAAAUAGAUAAGGAUAAAACGGCACAUAGAAUGUAUUUUUUUUUCUUUUUCAAAAAACAAGAAGCUGAUUUAUUGUUAUGCCGAAAAAGUUACGUGCCGCUUUCUCGUUCGGAAUAAACUAUGUAUAUUCUUAUUAUUAAUGAAUAAAAAAAUAUUUCAUGUUUGUAAA